GACUGCAGAAGAAUCCCACGGUCGAUGAAGGCACCAGAAGUUUAUGUGAAACCUGUCAGCCCACUUGUUUCAGUUUGUUCUGUGAUCAGAGCUGCGGAGCACGCGCGGGCUUCUUCAGUCGAGGGCCUGACUCUUACAGCAGCAUGUUGAAGUCCAAAGUCGUGGACACAGAGGAGGAUCUUCUGACAAGCCUCGAUGUCCAAAUCUACCACCCUCAGCAGAGCGUCCAGGGCAUGUUCUGCCACCUCCCUGUAGGGACCAAGGUCAGGCUCCCGGCUGAUGAGCCCCUCAAGUUGGGGCGGGACGAAGAGUCCUGCACCUUUGUGCUGAAUGACCCGAAAGUGUCCCGAAAGCAGCUGUCUCUUCACACCUACCGCCCCAAGGGGAGUCAAGAAAUGCGCUUCACCAUCCAGAACUUGUCCCAGAAGGCCCGCCUGGUGGUGAAUGGCUGCACUCUGGACCACCUGGAGAGGCUGGACCUCCCUGACAAGGCCCUGGUCCGCUUUGGACUGUACGAGCUGCUCAUCGUCCGAGAAUCUGGGGAAGCCAAAGGGUCAUUCGAAGUCAAGAUUCAGGUCCCGAUCUUUUCCCUGCUCCGAGAGUCCGGCUCAUGUGAUCCUAAGAACGCGCCCAUCAUGGAGACCUCGACGCCUCCGGCCACUCUGAUGGACUAUCAUGGACCUCUGGAGAUGGACGAGACUCUACUGUGUACCUCAUAGCUGCUCUUUUUUGUCACUCACAAUCUCACCUUUGUUUAUGUUUGUGUUUUUACUUGGACAUUGUAGCUAUGAGUGUUCAUGUUGCUGACGAACCACACUCCCACACUGUGAUAUGAGAUUGAGAACUUGUGUUCUCAGUGUACUCAAUUUCUUCUAACUGUCGACUGUUUGAUGUCAACUGGCUGAAGCUCAACUCUAUUAGGUCAGGACGCUUCCGAAAACUGCUUCAUUCAGAUCUUUAUAUGGCACUUUAUCAGCUGUUCUGUCGCCCACUUCUGCAUGCUCACUGUCAGUUCCUCCCAGCUCUCUUCACUCGCUCUGCUCAGACAGGCUCGCGGAUCGGAGCCGGAGGGAGGUGACUGUAUGGAAUGUUUGGCUGACCUUGAGUCAUGAGCUCAUGAGCACAUGAUUCCCUUCAACUUGACUGCUGAAAUAAAGAAAGUAAAACAAAAGCAGAAGUGAAAAAAGAAACCUAUGCUUGUCUGUUUCCUUUGUUUUCUUUCCUUGUUUUAAUGCUGAGCUCAUCACGUCGAUGAAGGGGCAAGCUCCUCAUCAGGUCACAUGACU